UCCUCUUUGGCUUCCGUGGAAAAAAGUACCAAAACAAAACAUUAGGUUAGAUUGGAAUUGCAUCAGUAAUUUUACUAUAUUGAUGAAUAAAAAGUGAUCGCUGUAAAUACAAUGGCACCAUUAGAAAGCAAAUUGAAUGAACUGGACGAAAAAACUAUGGAUAGUGUUGUUAAAUUCGUGUCUACCAUUAGAAGUGGGAAGCUGCGUGGCUCAAAGAACAUUGCCAUAGCAACAGUCGAUCUUCUAGAGCAGAUAAUCAGCGAUGCAGAGAAUACAAAUGCACUCGCGCUGAUCAGCAAGGUGCGGGCAGCGGGGAGAACGCUGGUGAAAGCGCUGCCCGCGGAGCUGUCAGCACACAAUAUGGUGCGACGCGUAUUGCGCGCCGUGCGGGACGAGCAGCGUUCUCACGCUAACCAGAGUGUGGAAGGUGCGGGGGAGUCCCUACAGCGGCUGGUACUCGCCACUCCAAGCCGCCGCGCCACGUUGGGGCCCACCGCGCAGGACCUCCGCGAGCCCAUACGAGACCACAUCGCUGAGCUUCGAGCGGAACUGGAUUCCAGCACGUCGGCGAUAUGCUCGCAGGCCAAGGAACACGUCCACGCGGACGAACUGAUCCUGACGUACGGGGCCUCGGGCCUCGUGGAGCGCUUCUUGAGGGCCUCCGCCACCAAGCGGUUCCGGCUGCUGAUGGCUGAGGGGACUGAGGUUUCCGAGUGUCAUGCGAUGGCGUCACGGCUGGCGACCGCGGGCGUGUCUGUGACAGUCAUCAGUAGCGCUGCCGUCGGGGCUCUGAUGCCGAGAGUCAACAAGGUGGUGGUCGGAGCCCUAGGCGCAUUGUCGGGCGGGGCUGCGCUGGCGUCCGCGGGUCUCCUCGCUGUCACUACGGCCGCGGCCCACCGGGCGGUUUCCGUGAUCGUGCUGUCUCCGCUAUACAAGCUUUCUCCCUUGCACGCUUGCGACCGCCAGCACUUCAGCGCACUUGCGCCUGCGCAUAAGGCGCUGCCGUACAUGAGUUUCGAGAGCGCGGUCGCACGAGUGAUCUGCCCCCAGUACGACUUGGUUCCUCACGACCACAUCACCCUCUUCAUCACCAAUCUUGGAGGUAGCUCACCGUCCUACAUUUAUCGCUUGCUGUCGGAACUGUACGACCCCAUGGACUAUCAGCUUUAAGUAGUGUCUAAGGCCGGCCACACAUUGGCGACUGUCGCUGAGCAACCAAGUUGUUGUUGUAACCUGUUGAUUCGACAAAGAGGCACACGGGUCUUUGAGCCCGUUGGUGCAGUGCAGAUCGAUACGUCGUGGAAUGGCGCAACUAUGAGCCAAGGGGGCUCAAGACGGCCCUACAGUCGCGGGGGACCGCGGUGGCACCCUCGCUACAAGGAUUACUGGGAUUACGAGCAAAACUACAGCGAUGGCAGCAGCGGCGGCAGUCCCAAGGAGGCAUGCGUGGCCAACUCCCCCCCACCGGCGCCCGCGAAACGGCAUCCCCACCACCACGAGCAGAGGCGGAUGAGUGUAGGCGGGGGCGCGGGAGGUUCGCGCCGCGCGGAGCGACGGACCGCCGGGCCCUCCGAACGUCGGAGAACAGACAUGCGAGUCAGCCCGGGCGCUGGGGCGGGCACGUCUGCGGAGCCCCCACACAUGCAUCACGCAUCGCACCACCAUCAUAAUAUGGAUACGAACCCCCUUGAAGGCGCCGCACCCAUUGUGGAAUCUGUAGUGAGUGUGGCCGGCUCCUCAGACGGAGAACUCUCCAGCAAACCUGGGGACAGUCCCACCAGGAAAAGGCGACGGAUCUCGAGACAUCUAUCAUCGGGUGAGAGCAAUGUAUCGGUGACUGCACCCCCGGUCGAAAGGCGGACACCCAGACACCACUACCAACCACCUCGCCGCGUACGUUACGUGAGCGGGAACGGUGCGGGUGUUUGGCAUGAGAGGUUGUUGGACCAACACCAACCGCACCAGCCGCACCCCCCGCACCCGCACCCGGCGCACCCAGCGCACCCGGCUCACCUGCCGCACGCGCACCACACGCCGCUACUUCUAGACAUCAACCAGAUGUCUCUGAGAGGGGCACGGCUGAGCGCGUUAGGCGGUGGCGUUGGGUGGCCGCACCCGCACCCGGGCCACCCGCACCCGGCGCACCCGCACCCCGUUCACCCACACGCAGUGCAUCCACACCAGCACCCACAUCGCGAUCACCCUACAAGGACUCAGAUGGGCGGGGUGUAUGCGGCGGGGCUGCAGUAUCACGGCAGCUUUGCGCCUCCGCCGCCGCCGAGGGGGCCCUUCGCGUCACCCCCACACCCGCACACACACUAUAUCACGAACUCGCAGCGAGCGGAAGGCGGCCGGUUAGAAAUGCUCGGUAGCGGGGAGGGGACACUGUCCCCCCUCCAACCCGCGCCCGAUCUACACCACGCGCCAUUAUUACUCGCCACUGAGGCUCGCGGAGGUCCCUUAGAGCUGAUGGCGCCACAUCACGCGAGACACGCCCUCUCACAUCAUCACCACCGUCGUAACGGCGGCGGUGUAGGCGUGGGCGGAGGCGUGGGUGUGGGCGUGAACCCCAUAAAUAGUAGGCCGUUCGUACGCGCCGCGGCCAGGUGGGCGGCGCACUCGCACGUGCACACCAUACACGCACAGGGCGGUGGCGGUCUGGUGUCCGCGGCAUUGCCGGCGCAGCUACACGUGGCUUCACCGCUCUCGCUCCCCCCUCCACCCCCCACAUAUCAGGUGUUUCUAAACCUACUGGCAAUGUUCCCAAUGUCGCCGUACGCCGAGGCCCGCGACGAGGCCGGCGAAUCCCCCGAGACCGAGAACUACGAGGCCUUGCUGUCACUGGCGGAGAGACUCGGCGAGGCGAAGCCGCGGGGCCUCGCGAGGCACGAAAUCGACCUACUGCCCUCGUACAAGUACUCCGAGCAAACGCAUCAGGGCGAGCAGACGUCGUGCGUAGUUUGCAUGUGCGAGUUCGAGGCGAGGCAGACAUUGCGCGUGUUGCCGUGCGCGCACGAGUUCCACGCCAAGUGCGUCGACAAAUGGCUCAGGUCCAAUCGAACGUGUCCGAUAUGCAGAGGUAACGCGUCGGAGUACUUCAACAAUUCCGAGUGACUCGCGGGGGAAAUUAUUCCUUGCGCCGUCCACGAUAAGGGCGAUCUUUGCUUGUGACGUGCGAUUUAGUGGCAUGAAACUUGAGUUACUGUUUGUAUGAAACUACUGGGAAGCUACUUAAACCGCGACCGGAGUGACGGGAUCAUCAAUAUCAGAAACAUAUACUAAAUGUCUUACAUUGUCUGUGUGACACUACGCCCGGCUCGAUACAUUGGGCAAAAAAUGUAUAAAUGUGUUAAUGUGUGACGCAAUGACUAGAACCAUAGUUUGUUAGGCUGGCUUGGUCACUACGCCCGGCUCGGUACGUUGACCCCAAAAUAUAUUAAGGGUGUUACUGUGUGACGCAAUGACCCCAAAAGUAUAUCAAGGGGCUGUGCGACUCAAUGACUCGUACUAUCGUUUGUUAGGCUGUUUGGACACUACGCCCGGCUCGGUACGUUGGCCCCAAAAUAUAUCAAGGGUGUUACUGUGUGACGCAAUGACCCUAAAAGUAUAUUAUGUGGCUGUGUGACGCAAUGAAUCCAAACAUAUAUACUGUGUGACGCAAUGACCCCAAACAUAUAUUAAGUGUGUUACUGUGUGUCGCAAUUACCCCAAAAAUAUAUUAAGUGUGUUACUGUUUGACGCAAUGACCCCAAAAAUAUAUUAAGUGUGUUAACUGUGUGACGCAAUGACUAGACCAUUAUUUGUAAGGCUGGCUUGGACACUACGCCCGUCUCGAUACGAUGGCACUUACUUAACUUUGAAGUGGGGUUGCUUUAAGAUAGUAUUUUUACAAUUUAUUUAGCCACCUAGUUUUUGUUGGCUAAAAAAAUAUGCCAUUGAAAAAACAAAAAAAUAAAAUUGUUUAUAGAUCUUGCGCUGAAUUCUUCUAAUAUAAAGACUUUUUCUUUCGUUAUUAAUACAUCUACAAUCAGUCGAUAUUAGUAUACUUUUUAUUUUAUAUUUUAUUUUCGGAAUUUUCUAAUGGCCGGGUCUCGUUUGAUGCUUCAGCCGUGGCUAGUUACCCAGUGCCGUCAAGCUAUUUAGCGUCACGGUACGCAUAAAAGCAAAUUAGGGUUAUAGGUUCUAAAAACCUUCCGCACCUCUAUCAAGUAAUUCCAGUACCAUUUUGUACCAACCAUUUUGCGAAAUUGUAAUGGAAUAAAAGAAAAUCCACAAUAAACUAAACGUUACUUUGAUUACCCAGUAAUAAUGACGACCAACGUUGGCGCCAACGUUUGGAGCCGGGGUAGUGUUAAAAUGGGAGUUUGGGGUAGAGAAGGUGAUAUUUACAAAACUAUAUUACAUUUGUUAUCAAGUUUUACGAACGCUGCUCUUAAAAGUGGCCAUGUUACUUUAAAUAAAACACUUUCAGGACCGAUUUCUUUCAGUUUAUUGCAAUUAGGCAAAAGCUAUAACACAAAAUCACAAGAUUUUAGCUUUAAUUUUGGUUCAAACGUUUAAAAAAAAAUUAUUAUAUUUUGGCAUCAAUGAUUGGUAAUGUUUUCACCAUUAUUGAUUUAGUAAAUUUAUUUUCGAAGUUAUACUUCUUUUGGCGCGUUAGGGAAAAAUGGUGAGAGUAAAUUAUUACGACGCGCGCGCACACCGUCACAAGAAACCGAUACCAUGAAGUAAGCUAUAGACAACAUUUUAGUUUUUCUAAACAAGUUUUGACAGUUGACUUUCAAUAAUUCAAACAAUACCUUCUUUCUAUUAUUAGUGUAGUUUUUUCUACAAACGUAAAAAAAGGCGAAGGAAAAAUUUUUUAAAAAGAUCUUGUUACGCAAAAGUAUAACUUCUAUCGCGUGAACAUAAGAACACGCACGUCUUUUUUUUUAUUAUUAAUAAUUUAUAGUUUAGUACCAAAAAUUUGUAAAUAUCACCUUUUGUCCCGAUACCACAGUUAGUAUAUUAAAGCAGUAUGGGAACUACGAGCACGUUCCAAACCGCACACUCAUACCCAUCCAAGAGACCCCAAAGCUAACAAAAAAGCAACUAAAAUCCUGCGAAAACAGCUUCGGGGUCUCGUCGGUAAGGCCGCAAGCGUUAGUUUAAAUACUGCUUUAAUAUAUUAACUGUAUCUAUACUCUGCGAUUAUAUGUAAAAACAGCUUAUCGGCUUGUGUUUUUGAGAUUGGACAUCGUAAAGCGAACUUUGUGAUAAAGGAAUUUUAACUAACGAAAACUGUUUUAAUUUGACAAUCAUGAAAAAAAGUGGGCUUUAAGCGUCAACAAUAUUAAAAUAAUACUGCUUCAACCGAUGGUAGUAAACAUCCCUUAUCAAAAACACAACCUGAAAAGUUUACCAAGCCAUUUCGUACAUAUUGGAUUUAUUGAACAUCAUUGUAUGAGAUUUUGUGUUUAAUCGUAAAAUUACUAUUUAAAUUGCGUACAGACCGACAUCCGAGUGCCAGUGAGAUUUCGUUCACUUAAACGGUCGCGCGAAAGUUAACUAAGAUUUAUAUGGUAUUAAACAAUAAUAAAUGCUUUUAUUUCAGGUAAAAUACCCAUAUGACAAAAAAUUAAAACAAAAAAUACAGUUUCGAUAAGCAAAAAAGACUACGAUAAUACGACUUAAAGUAAAUUAAAAUUGCAAAUAAAAAAGUAUUAAAAUUUACAAAACUAAAUGAACAUCACACUACAAUUUUGCCGGCCGAUUGGCGCAGUUUGCAGCGACCCUGCUUUCGGAG